UGACAAUGCUUCGUUGUUAGGUAUUACAUACAGCUACCAAACCACACUAUACUUUUUACGAAGUCAAACGAGAUGGCAAACUCUGGAGAGAGGAGACUAUAUAUAUAUAUAUAUAUCCAUGUGCAGGUUUUUUCAAUGAGCGCUACAUUGCAAAACGAAAAUCCUGAAGUGAAGGCUUUGAGCCAACUUCCUACAAGAGCACAAGAAGAAGAAGAGAAUCUGUUCUUAAAAGGUAAUGAAGGAUGGUUAUGGGAUAUAAGUGACGAGCUUGAAAAUGUUGAGAAGAUUCGCGAUGCAGUUGAUGCGCAAGAAAUUUUUGAUUUGUUAGCGAAAAUUAAUGAUCCUGAACACCCUUUAACUUUGGCUCAACUGUCAGUUGUGAAGUUGGAAGAUAUUGAAGUUUACGAUAAUGUAGAUGGGAAUUCUGCAGUUAUUGUACAUAUCACUCCUACUAUUCCCCACUGUUCUAUGUGCACAUUAAUUGGAUUGUGCAUCCGUGUGCGUUUAGAACGCUGUCUUCCACCUCGUUUCCACGUGGACGUAAAAGUUAAAAAGGGAACGCAUGCAAGUGAAUUGCAAGUCAAUAAGCAGUUGAAUGAUAAGGAGCGUGUUGCCGCAGCAUGUGAAAACGAGCAACUUUUAAAUGUUUUGAACAGCAUGAUGUCUACAUGUAUCUAAUUUUUUUUUCGCUCCUAAUGAAUGUGUAAAUUAAAUAACUUCCUAACUUAUAUAGAGCAAUUUUUUGGUUAAUUGAUUAGCAAACAAUAAUUCCCGUCUCAGUGCUUCUUUGGUAAUAUUGAUCGAUAAUCUUAUAGUCGUAGUUGUUAUUUUUAGAAACCUAUAACUGCGAACAGCUGGCCAUAUUGUACGAUAUUAUUAUUUUCCCUAUACGGGAGGAGGCGUGUUAUAUUUACCAAUAAAAUCUUCAUUAGCAGUG